AUGCGUUUCACAACUGGAAUCCUCCCUACUUUGGGAGCUAUUGCUUCGCUGGGCGAAGCUACUCCAACUUUCUUUACCGGAGGCGGCGGUGCUUCUGGCGGUGUCGGUGGACACCUUGGAGCUGGUGCCGGUGUUGAUGCUGGUGCUGGAGCCGGCGCUGGCCUUGGUGCCGGUGCUGGAGUCGGUGGUUCCGCUGGCGGCCAUCUCGGUGCUGGUGCCGGCGUUGAUGCUGGAGCUGGUGUCGGAGGAGGUGCUGGCGGUAAGAUUGGAGCCGGAGCUGGUGUUGGUGGAGGAGCUGAAGGUCACCUCGGCGCCGGUGCUGGCGUUGAUGCUGGUGCUGGUGUUGGCGGAGGAGCUGGAGGCAAGAUUGGAGCUGGCGCCGGUGUUGGCGCUGGUGUUGGAGGCAAGAUCGGUGCUGGCGCUGGCGUUGAUGCUGGUGCUGGUGCUGGUGUCGGCGGCGGCGCUGGAGGUAAGAUCGGUGCUGGUGCUGGUGUUGAUGCUGGCGCCGGUGUUGGUGGAGGAGCUGGUGGCAAGAUCGGUGCCGGUGCUGGUGUUGAUGCUGGCGCUGGUGUUGGUGGAGGAGCUGGUGGUAAGAUCGGUGCCGGUGCUGGUGUUGGAGCCGGUGUUGGAGUCGGUGCUGGUGCUGGUCUUGGAGGCCAUCUCGAAGGCGAUGUCAAGGGUGGCGCCGGCGGCAAGAUUGGAGCUGGCGCCGGUCUUGGCGGCCAUCUUGGAGGCGGUCUCGGUGUUGGCGCUGGUAUCGGCGCUGGCCUUGGUGCUGGUGUCGGUGCUGGUAUUGGACUCGGACUUGGUGGCCUCGGCGGUCUCAAGGGCCUCCUUGGUGGUGGCAUUGAGUGGUCUGCUGGUGGCGGUGCUGACUGGCACACUGGAACUUCUUGCAGCAUCGGUAACACCUGGAAGGACCACGUCCUCUUCCAGGGUGUCUGCUCUCCCGAGACUGAGACCACUCCCGCUGUCAACCUCGGUCUUAACCUCCCCAGCUGCCAGAUCACUGGUGACAUCGGUUUCGCUUGCGGUGCCGACUUCCUCAAGACCCCCAACGUUCGUGUCGGCCUCGGUGGCAUCUCUGCUUACAUCGAGAUCGAUCUCUCUGCUUCUGCUGCCGUCCAUCAAUCCGUCGAACUCUUCGCUGCCCCCAAGCUUGGUGUUGCUAUCCCUGGCCUCGAGGCCUCUGCUGAUCUGAAGGCUGCCAUCGAGGCUGCCAUCGCCCUUGAUCUCAUCGUCGGCUGUGGUAAGGCCAUUGAUCUCUCUGCUGGUGUCUACGUCAAGUUCCCUGCCGAUGCCUACGUCGACAUUGAUCUUCUCACCAAGAAGGUUAUCAACGCUUCCCUCGAGGGUCUCGUCACCAAGGCUCUCCCCGUUGGCGUUGGUGCUGAUGUCGAGCUUGGUGCUGGUAUUGAUCUCCAGAUCGGUCUCCGACUCCGUUCUGAGCUUGCUAUCCCUGGUGGUCUCGAGAUCCCCGUCCUUGGUCUCUCUGGCAAGGCUGGUGCUGAUGUUGGCUUCGGUGCCGGUGUUUGGUUCUCUCUUCUCGACUACUCUGCCAAGAUUGGUGGCGGUGCUGGUGUCUCUGCUGGUAUCGACAUCACUGGCUCUUUCGACUGCAACCUCGGUCUCUCUGUUGACAAGAAGUGGGACUUCUCUGGUGGUUUCUUCAACCUCAUCCCCAACCUGUCUGUCGGCCUUGCCAAGGGUAUCAAGUCCACCUUCUCCCAGAAGACCCGUGGUACUUGCGGUAGCUUCAUCGGUCACUUCAAGAAGGGUGGCUUCAUUGGAGGCCCUACCAUCCCUGCUUCCGGUCUGAUCACUGCUACUACUGCUGGCUCUGACGCCUCCGUCACUAUCCCCGCUGGUGUUACCCAGUCUGUCGAGUUCUCUGGCACCGUUGUUGUCCCUGACGCUUCCGUCUCCGUCGAGAUCCCUGACUCCACUGACUCUGCUUCUCCCGAGGGUCCUAGCGAUGUCACUGGCUCUGGUUCUCUCCCUGUCGCCACCUCCGCUGCUGAGAUUCCUGACACCACCGACUCUGCUACCCAAGGUGGCCCUCCUGUUGAUGCUACCGAGUCUGGCUCUUCUCCUGUCACUACCUCUGCUGGCGAGGUCCCUGUUGGCCCCGGCGGUGAGGUUCCCAACCAGACCAUCACCAAGGGCGGCGACGUCACUGCUAUCUUCGGUCCUGGCGAGACUAUCACUGUUUCCGGCUCCGAGGGUUUCACUACCAUCCUGUCUGGCUCCGAGGGUUUCACUUCCGUCAUCACUGGUUCCGAGGGUUUCACCACUGUCAUCUCUGACUCUGAGGGUAGCUUCACCUCUUUCUUCUCUGGCUCUGAGGGUUUCACUACCGUCAUUUCUGGAUCCGAGGGUGUUACCAAGGUUGUCCCCGGUGGUGGCUUCACUUCUGUCCAGUCUGGCAGCUCCCCUGUUUCCACUGGUGGUAACAACUACGAGCUUCCUUCUGCCCCCGGUGCUGAUGCCACUGCCUCUGGUGAUGUUCCUGCUGAGACUGGUUCUGGUUCUCUCCCUGCUGCUACCACUGCUCCUAACGGCGACAACGGUACCCCUGGUGAUGCCACUACCGGCUCUGGCUCUGACGCUGAGGUCACCUCUGCUCCCGCUGCCGGUGUCACUGAGGCCCCUGAUGCUUCUGGCAUGAUCACCAGCACUAUCCGUGAGACUCACGUCUACACCAUUACCUCUUGUGCUGCUUCUGUCAUCAACUGCCCUGCCUCUUACACUCAGAAGAUUGUCACCCAGACUGUCAUUGAGCGCACCACUGUCUGCCCUGCCACUGCUACUGCUGUCCCCAACACCCCCACCGAGGGCUCUGACGAGUCUGGCAAGACCCCUGACUCCCCUGACUCCCCCGAUACCCCCAAGGAGGGCGGCAACGCUUCUCACCAGGGCCCCGGCGGUGAUAAGGGUGCCGAGUACCCUACCCCUGGUGACAAGACUCCUGUUGAGGGCGGUAACGGCUCUGGUUCUCACGGCGAUGCUCCUGCUCCUACCGCUCCCCCUGCUGCUGCACAGACCACCAUCGACCUCGUCACCAUCACCCAGGACGUCACCACCAUUGUUCCCUGCACCAAGUUCGUCACCAGCACCUUCGUCGCCCCUACCACUGUUCACCCUCCCGCUGUUCCCGUUGUCACCAUCAUCGACAACCACACUGGUCAGGCCCCUCAGAACACUGCUACUGAGCAGCCUGGUGCUUUCACCACCCUCACCCGAGUCAUGGCCUCUGCCACCGACUCUGGCGACUACCCUGCUGCCACUGACAGCGGCUCUGAUGCUGCUGCUCCCGGCUACGAGGCGCCCGGUGCUGUUCCCACCUACAAGGUUCCUAACAACGGAACCGUUCCUUCUCAGGUUCCCGUCAUUGCCGGAGCCUCUCUUGUCAGCGUUGGCAGCAUGCUGCUCGCUCUCCCUAUGGCCCUCGCCUUUAUCAUGUAA